AUGGUGCUACUGGAGAGUGAGCAGUUCCUGAAGGAGCUGACCAGGCUCUUCCAGAGGUGUUGGUUGUCGGGCAGUGUGUUCAUCACCCUGAAGAAGUAUGAUGGUCGAACUAAAUCCAUUCCAAGGAAAGGUACUGUGGAGGGCUUUGAGCCUUCUGACAACAAGUGUCUAUUAAGAGCUACUGAUGGGAAAAAGAAGAUCAGCACUGUGGUGAGCGCCAAAGAUGUUAAUAAGUUUCAGAUGGCUUAUUCAAGCCUAUUGAGAGCCAACAUGGAUGGGCUGAAGAAGAGGAACAAAAAGAGCAAGAGCAAGAAGAGCAAAGCAGCACAGUGAAGGGUACCUGACUUCCCGCUUUCACCAAUUAACCACUGAAUUGCUAUUUUUCCUUGGGUUUUUACUUUUGGCUACAUACAACCCAGCUAGGUUUCUGGUUUCCCCACAGUGGCUGUUUUCAAGUGAGAUAUAGGGUCAUUUUGGAGGGAAGAAAGGCAGAAACAGGGCUGCCA